CUCGGGGACGACACUCAAGGCCUUGCAUGCUUCCUCUACUCGGCCAUCCUCUCUCGAGGACCCAGCAACGUUCACAAGGACAUGGAGUCAUUCGACGCGAACGUGAAGCUUAUGGGGCAACACAACUAUUGCAGCCAAGAGAUGGUUAACCUCCUUCUGGUGGGCAAGGCUGUUCCCCACGUGUUCGAUGGUACCAAGGAGCUUGAUGGCUUGACGCUGAACGGAAUAUCCUGCUCGACUGAGAUUGGCUUUUUCUCCCUUUUUGAGCAUUACAGAAGCAUUGAAGUUGGAUCCCUCUUGAAAAAUCCGAAGUACCCAGUAUGGGUAGUUUGCUCUGAGUCUCAUUUUUCUGUUUUCUUCUCCGCCAAUCUAGAUGCUCUCGAGGUGAUUGUGUAUGAUACAAUCACGGCAUCUUUACUGUCGAUUUGGCAGAAUUCCGAAGGAUCCAAGGAGAUUGAUUUAUACUACUACGAUGAGCUAGCCAAGCAAGACGAGACUAUUCGACUCUCUGUUUCCUGGAAGAAUUCAAACUCUCACUGCGGCAAGGGGCCGAUGGAUCCCAGCAUUGACCUCACUCCUCCCCUUGAACACUGCAUAAGGACCAAGUGGCCUCAAGCUGUUGUCGACUGGAACGGAUCUGAUCCUGUGAGAGGUCAUCUUGAUCUAAGAAAGAUGCUGAUAUUCAUUUCAGAUUCUUUGAUUUCAAAAGCUUCAGCGCACGUGAUCAGGCACAGAACGUUGUUGGGGUCGUGA